AUGUUUAUCGAUAACCCAAUUGGCCGUUUGGGAACCAACAAACCGAUUCUCGACUUGUCGUGUGUGAACCCCUCGCCGUUUCCCACGAAACCUUUUGUCGACAUUUCCCGAAGGUCAGAACUGGCCACAGAUCUCGGCAAAAUGGCGGCCUCCGACGACCUCAUCGACUUCGACAUUAUCGAGGCCCAGAAAGAGAAUGUCCAAUCCCUCCCCGGCGGCCGAUCAGCCCGAGAAUUGGCUCGGAUUUUCUCUGGAGGAAGCACAAGCGACAAAUUUGCGGCACCCUCGCCAAAUGACACAAGGACCAUCAACGGUGCAAUUCGCCAGGAAUAUGAGAACGAAUUGGGAUCAAUAGGAGAAUCGGACGACCCCCUCGAUGUUUACGACCGCUACGUGAAAUGGACCUUGAACGCGUACCCUUCUGCCCAAGCUACGGCUGAAUCUGGUCUUCUCCCGCUGCUCGAGCGCGCUACCAAGUCUUUCCUAUCAUCGUCACACUACAGGAAUGACCCACGGUACCUCCGGUUGUGGAUGCACUACAUCAGGCUUUUCUCCGAUGCCCCGCGCGAGACAUUUGCUUUCCUUGCGCGGCACAACAUUGGCGAGGGUCUUGCAUUAUUUUACGAGGAGUUUGCGGCAUGGCUAGAGGGUGCCGGGCGCUGGACACAGGCAGACGAGGUAUACCGUCUUGGUAUGGACCGUGAGGCCCGGCCAGUCGAGCGGCUUGCGCGGAAAUACAGCGAGUUCCAACAACGAUAUGAGCUGCAAUCACAAGAUGCCGGGCCAGGGCCAUCUUCGCCUGCUCUCCCAGCUGUCCGACCCGCUCUGGCAGCUAAGAUGGAUCCAUUUGCUUCUACAGAAACCGCUGCAAACCCGCAAGCCUCUCGCUCAGCAGCACCACCUCCUGGCCCUGCCAAGACCAAGUCUGGCAAAAUGAAGAUGGCAAUCUUCUCCGAUGCCGAGGCAGCACAGUCGAGCCAACCAGCGACCAGCGGACAGACAAAGGGAUGGGACAGUAUCGGAUCGAUGCGAGAGCGCAGGAAGGAAAACGAGGUCGAGGCCAAACCUUGGGUGGGAGAGACAUUGAAGGCCGGGAAGAAACCCGCGCCAACACAGAAGAUGGCCAUUUUCAGGGACGAGUCCAAUUCAAAUCCACCUUCUGAACAACCAAGUGCUCUCAAUCACAUUCCAGAACACCAUGUAAGGGAAGCGGUCAACCCGCGGACGGGUCGGCGAGAGCGCGUUUUCGUCGAUCUUGAAGCAGUAUACCCCGACCACAAGAAUCCGGCCCAUGAAAUUAGUUUCGAAGAGUUGCGAGCGAUGAGACGUGGUUGGAUGGAUAAGGAUUGGCGACGCCAAAAGGAACCUCUGCAACAAAUCUCUGGCAACGCUCCUGGGGAAGCUCCGCCAGCGAAACUCAAGAUUUUCAAGGAUGAGCCGCUGUCUGAGCGGCCUCGGCAAAUGCUGGCUACUGAUGAACAACCGUCUCAAUCGCAGCACCAGGAUGGACAGUAUGAAGGCAAAGCUGGAAAAGCGAGGAAAUUCAAGGUGCAGGGAGAGACACAGACUAUCAAAAUGAAGUUCGACUCGCCGACUAGCUCCAAGGCCCGACGGAAGAGCACUCGAGAGCCAACAAUGACUAUGCAUACUCGGGCUGCAACGGAUGAAAUCUAUGGCAUAUUCAAUCAACCGUUGAAGGCCGAGAUGGACGAUGCGGCUGACAGCCUCUACGGCAGCGAGUAUGAAGAUGAGGAUUGUGCAAGCACGGUCGACAGUACAGGCACCGGCCACAUUUCUGCAGCUUCGAGUGACUUUGGCGAUGAUGAAACGCAUACCUUCCACAAAUCAUAUGACGACACAGAAUACGGCGAUGGCAACACGACUCGGGCUGAUAGUGUCGCAGGAGGCGAUUGGACCGAUUUCAGCGUCAGCAAGGAUGUACCUGGUGCUGAGUCUGCCGAAGUUACCUCCCAUUCCGUUAUAAGUCAAGGAGAUGUCGAGUCACAGCAUAGUACUCCCGAAAAGGAGCGGUUCAUACCUCGAAUGCCUGAUGACUAUAACCCUCCAUAUGGAACGUAUCGCGAUCCUGCCAUUAUGGCGCAGAACCGACUGCCAUUCAUGACACCGAUUGUGGAACGAACCGAGUCGUCCAUUUCAAUGACGGCUGCUAGGAGUCUUCACAACGCGAAGACUCCGUGUAAGCCUCGAUCACCAUCGGGUGUGCCGCAAAUGGGUGAUCUGCUUUCCAGUCCAUUUGGGACAACGACACCCUACCAUGGAGAUCACACUGUCGGCUCGGCGGUCGAUGUCCCGUUUAGUCCAACAGCUUUCAAGGCUCUGGCCCCAAAGUCGCGCCGACGAGAAGCUAUCAUCAAGGAUCUGCAGUGCAACCCAACUGACAAGGGCAUUCGCAACACGAUCUUGAACUCUUUGGAGCCACCACUUGCUUCCUACCCGGGAUACCACGGCCACGUCCAAGACAGCAACUAUGCCAGCAUGAUCCAAAAAUUUGUCAAAGCGCACAGCCGAAAGUCCAAAAGCGCCGAUGACGAGCGCUCCGAGACGCCAAUUCUCGAGUUCCCCGGUGCCGAGCGUAGCUACAUCAUCCGCCGUGAGCUCGGUGCCGGCGCAUACGCUCCAGUCUAUCUCGCCGAAAGUGUCGAUGUCGACAGUCAACAGUCUUACAGCUCAGACACAGACGAAGAAAAUAUCAAAUCCAACCCAUACGACAGCGCACGAUACUCCUUCGAAGCAGUCAAAGUCGAAAACGGGCCCUCCAGCGCCUGGGAAUUCUACAUGAUCCGCACAGCCCAUGAACGUCUCCGGCACGCACGAAAAUACUCCCGCGCCGUGGACAGCAUCGUCCGCGCCCACGAGCUACACGUCCACCAACGCGAAAGCUUCCUCGUCGAAGACUACCGCGGCCAAGGCACACUCCUCGACCUAGUCAACAUCCUCCGCAACGACUCCAUUAGCUCCACGCACCCCAGCGACGGCGGUCUAGACGAGUCCCUUGCAAUGUUCUUCUCAAUCGAGCUCUUCCGCACAAUCGAAGCCCUCCACGCAACAGGUAUCCUACACGGCGAUAUCAAAGCAGACAACUGUCUCGUCCGUCUAGACGACUCAGACCCACCCACAAAAGCCCUCUCCCUGCUUGAUCUCGGCGAUACUUCCACCUUUACUGACCCGCGGGACACCCCCGCCUACGCACCAUCCGGCGCAUUCAACUGGCGCUCAAAGGGUCUAGCACUAAUCGACUUCGGCCGCGCAAUCGACAUGAACGCAUUCCCCUCCAAUGUCCAAUUCCUAGCAGAUUGGGAAACAGGAACCCACGAAUGCAAUGAAAUCCGUGAAGCACGCCCCUGGACCCAUCAGAUCGAUUUAUACGGUAUCGCGGGCGUAAUUCACGUCUUGCUUUUCGGGAAAUACAUUGAAAGUGCGCCUGUUCGUACCAGCGAUGCGAGCGCUAGCGCUGCUGCGCGCACGUAUCGCAUCCGCGAAUCUUUGAAGAGAUACUGGGAUCGGCAGAUUUGGAGUGAUGUUUUUGAUUUGUUGCUUAAUCCUGGUGGGGAGAGGUGGGUUUGUAUGGAGAUGGAAGACGCCGUUGAAAGUGUGCCUGGGGUUGGUGCUGAGGGCCCUGUUUUACCAGUCCUCAAGUCUAUGGCUUUUGUCCGGGGAAGAAUGGAGGAGUGGCUUGUGGGUAAUGCGGAGAAGAAGGGUCUUGCGUUGCAGUUAAGAAGGAUUGAGGCUGUUUUGGCGGAGAGGAAGAAGAAACUUGAGCGUGUUUGA